AUAUUAAAAAUAAUCCAAAAAAAUCAAUUAUAAUCUUUUAUCUAUAAAUAUUAGUAGUAGAUGGCAAAGGAUUCUGAGUCUAAUUGAUUGUAGUUCGCCAUUGAAGAGGCUGCGGGAGGAGGAGGAGGAGAAAGAGAAGGGUGCUCUUUCUGUCGAUAUGGAAGUUAAUAAUGGCGGCGGAGCAGCAGCGGACCUCCCGGAGUCUAUCUCCUCUGUUAUACCUGGCUGGUUCUCUGAGAUUAGCCCUCUGUGGCCUGGAGAAGCUCAUUCGCUAAAAGUAGAGAAGUUAUUAUUCCAGGGAAAGUCUGAUUACCAGAAUGUCAUGGUGUUUCAGUCAUCAACUUACGGAAAGGUUCUUGUCUUGGAUGGUGUAAUUCAACUUACCGAGAGAGAUGAAUGUGCUUAUCAAGAGAUGAUUACUCAUCUCCCACUUUGCUCAAUUCUGAAUCCAAAGAAGGUAUUUACGAUCUAAUGAUCUUUAAUGUGA